GGCGGCCGGGCAGUGCGGCGCGACCAUGGCCUCGGCCCAGCUGCGCGCGGUGACCUGCACGGCGCCCGUCAACAUCGCCGUCAUCAAGUACUGGGGCAAGCGUGACGAGGAGCUGAUCCUGCCCAUCAACUCCUCCCUGAGCGUCACCCUGCACCAGGACCAGCUGAAGACCACCACCACAGCCGCCAUCAGCAAGGCCUUCACCGAGGACCGGAUCUGGCUGAACGGCCGUGAGGAGGACGUGACCCAGCCGCGCCUGCAGGCCUGCCUCAGGGAGAUCCGCCGCCUGGCCAAGAAGCAGAAGAGCGCCGGUGGGGAGGACCCGCUGACUCCCAGCUACAAGGUCCACGUGGCGUCCGUCAACAACUUCCCCACAGCGGCCGGCCUGGCCUCCUCGGCAGCCGGCUACGCCUGCCUGGCGUACGCCCUGGCCCGCGUCUACGGCGUGGACGACGACCUCUCGGAGGUGGCUCGCCGUGGCUCGGGCAGCGCCUGCCGCAGCCUGUACGGCGGCUUCGUGGAGUGGCAGAUGGGCCAGCAAGCAGAUGGCAAGGACAGCGUCGCCCGGCAGGUCGCCCCCGAGUCCCACUGGCCGGAACUGCGUGUCCUCAUCCUGGUGGUGAGCGCCGAGAAGAAGCAGACGGGCAGCACGGUGGGCAUGCAGACCAGCGUGGACACGAGCGCGCUGCUGCGGUUCCGUGCGGAGAAGGUGGUGCCGGCACGCAUGGCCGAGAUGGUGCGCUGUGUGAAGGAGCGCGACUUCCCGGCUUUCGGCCAGCUGACCAUGAAGGACAGCAACCAGUUUCACGCCACCUGCCUGGACACCUUCCCGCCCAUCUCCUACCUCAACGACACAUCCAGGCGCGUCAUGCAGCUCGUCCACCGUUUCAACAGUCACCACGGGCAGACCAAGGUGGCGUACUCGUUCGACGCGGGCCCCAAUGCCGUGAUCUUCACUCUGGACCACACCGUCCCGGAGUUCCUGGCCGCCGUGAAGCACAGUUUCCCCCCUGAGGCGAAUGGGGACCCGUUUCUGAAGGGGCUGCCGGUCACUCCCGCCCCACUCUCCGAUGCCCUGAAGGCCGCGCUGGCCAUGGAGCCCAGCCCUGGGGCCAUCAAAUACGUCAUUGCCACCCAGGCUGGGCCCGGGCCUCAGACGCUGGACAACCCCCAGGAACACCUCCUGGGCCCCGACGGCCUGCCGAAGUAGCCCAUCCUGGGAGGGCCACAGAGCUGCCACUGACAUGUGUAGAGCUUCUCAGGGACU